AUGGAAGCUGGUGCGUUAAACUCGGUGAUCAAUAGGUUGCUUGAAGCUAGAGAGAAACCUGGAAAGAUUGUUCAGUUGUCUGAAAAUGAGAUCAAACAGCUCUGUUUUGUCUCUAGAGAUAUCUUCUUGAGACAACCAAAUCUCUUAGACCUCGAAGCUCCUGUCAAAAUCUGCGGGGACAUUCAUGGACAAUACUCGGAUCUUUUAAGACUAUUUGAAUACGGAGGAUACCCUCCUCGUUCAAACUACUUGUUUCUUGGAGAUUACGUCGAUCGCGGCAAGCAAAGCAUUGAGACGAUUUGUCUCUUACUUGCUUACAAGAUAAAGUUCCCUGAAAACUUCUUCCUUCUUAGAGGAAACCACGAAAGUGCUUCCAUCAAUCGCAUCUACGGCUUCUACGACGAGUGCAAACGCCGUUUCAGUGUCAAGAUUUGGCGAAUCUUCACCGAUUGUUUCAACUGUCUCCCCGUGGCUGCACUUAUCGAUGACCGGAUUCUCUGUAUGCAUGGUGGUCUCUCCCCGGAGCUGCUUAGCUUGAGACAGAUUAGGGAUAUUCGUCGUCCGACGGAUAUUCCUGAUCGUGGUUUACUCUGUGAUCUCUUGUGGUCUGAUCCUGAUAAAGUGGUUAGAGGUUGGGGGCCUAACGAUCGUGGAGUUUCUUAUACAUUUGGAGCAGAUACAGUUUCAGGGUUUCUCAAAAGACUCGAUCUUGACCUAAUCUGUAGGGCUCAUCAGGUUGUUGAAGAUGGGUUUGAGUUCUUUGCCAAUAAACAGCUCGUGACGAUAUUCUCUGCGCCGAAUUACUGUGGAGAAUUUGAUAAUGCAGGUGCGAUGAUGAGUGUGGACGAUGAUCUGACUUGCUCUUUUCAGAUCUUAAAACCUAAUGAGAAGAAAUCGAAAUUUGGUUUUGGAGGCAGAAGUGGUGCUAAAACUAGCUUCCCUUAUCCUAAAGUCAAGUCGAUUCUGAGCUCUCAAAGUUCGAAAGAAUACAACUGA